AUGGCGUCCUAUCUUCCUACGAGGCUGCUCUGCCAGAUCAACGGAGAGUUUUCCGUUGUCAGACCCAUCGACGUACACAUAGAAAGCUUCGACAUCAUCUCAUAUACUUGGGGAGACCCAGAGAAAGAAGAUUGGGAUAGUGGCAUACCGGGGGUCAAUUGGACGUUGAAAAUAGCAAAAGACAAAUUUAAUGACAUCAAGAGGCUUAUGAUUACCGACAACAUCCGAUACUUAUGGGCGGACUGCGUAUGCAUCAACCAAAACUCCGAAGCGGACAAGGCUAUCGAGCUGUCGAAGAUGUUCGAAUACUACAAGAACGCGGAAAAGUGUCAUAUCCUCCUUGACAUGCCCGUCGUUUGGGAUCCACAAGAGAUUGUGGAUAAUCUCAAGUUCGUCGACCAUGUUCUAUCACACAUGGAAGGAUCUGCGCUUGCUGCUGGCGCUCCGGGUCUUCUGUCGGAGCAGAGAAGGCAGCUUCAGGAAUGGAAGGAAGCAGACUGGGCAUUCGCAAUACCCGAGUCGAUAGUCAGGUCAGCCUCCAUCGACAUGGGCGUACUGAACUGUUAUUCUACGUGUGUCAAUCACGUUCGAUCACUGUUCCGCAAUCUCUACUUUACGCGGGUGUGGACUUUCCAAGAGAUGAUCCUCGGCAAGAACGUUGUCAUGUGGGCGAUAGAUCGCAUGAACAUAGCGCGUAUUGGGGAGUUGAACACGUGGAUGGGUCUUGCUGUGGACUCCAUGGAUAAGGCAUACAAAUUGCAGGCCUGGAUUCAUAAUUCCCGGGUGGUGAACAACGCAUCGAUCAACGCGGUUUUGAGAGUCAUCGACGAAGACACGGUGUCGCUGAAUAGUCUCCGUAUACAGGUGCGAGGCAUCGAGAGUGCAAGGACCGAUAUCAUCAACGGAGGACCUUAUUGGUGGUAUGAAAACACGAGAGGUGUUUCGAACAUCUUUUCGGCCAUCUGCCUAGUACCGCGAAACUGCGGCAGAAAAGCGGACCUAUUCAGAGGGCUCCUAGGGAUCUUUAGUGGACUCUUUACUCCCGAGGAAAUCGAAACGCAGAUCUCGGGGGAUGACAUGGAGAAGAUGUCUUUCAAUUUCUUCCAACAGUUGUCCAGGAAGACGAAGUCGGCCUGGACCAAAUUAGCGAUCAGUAGUCGGGAACGAGGGGAGUGGGAUUGGAUCCCUGUAGUGGAGAACUACAGCGGCUCAGCGACAACAGAUUGUUUCGCUGGAGUGGUUAAUUUGGGAAGACUGAACACCAAAGGUCAAGCAAAAUCUCUCGCAAUGACCGGAGUCAAGGGUACUCCGAAGAAGUACAUGAAAAUUCGGCUUUUUCAGAACACCGAGACCACCAGCUUCAAUUUCACCUUCAGAGGCUGUAAUUGUGGAAAAAAGUUGACGAAAAGCAUGUGGUCCAAAGAGGUCAUACCGACGUACGAUCAGCCGAGGAAUGUGAUCAAGGACGAGACAGGGAAGAUACUGGUCCAAUGCGCGACUAUACUCGGCAGCCUCAUAGAUCCCCUGUGUGAUCUGGUCGCGUAUAGAAGACGUCUCCUUCGUAAGCUGGGACCAAACUGGGCGACAACAGACCCGAGCGCAAAACCCAGCGCCUGGGAAGACCGAUGUGUCAGUGGCACCUUCUGGGAGAAUCCCCCGCGGCAGUUCUUCAGAAGCCACAACAUGUCGAUGAAUUAUCGCAUGGUCGACAUCUCGAGCUGCGAGUCUCGGCUAUGGAAUCAGAACACGGCCAAGAUCUCUUGCGAAGUGCGUGUCAAUUGCGGCUGCACCAUCAUCGCUCCAUUCGCACUCAUCUUCGAGGCCCUCACAGUCGUCCAGGGAAGCUCGCUUGGGGACACCUGGGCGAUGCUUGACCCCGAUAACCGUAUUAUACUCCGAGAUGGUCUUGGGCUCGUACAGAUUGGCGACAUAGGGAAGACGUUCAACCUGAUGGCCUUCGCUGGUGACGUGAACGCCCACAGAGCACAUGCAUCCGCGUGUAGGAGCAUGAAGGUCGACAAGCCUAUUGUUCCGAAGACUGCGUGGCCGUGGGGUAGGGCCCUGGUCAGGGAGGAGUUUGCGCAUGGGAUCAUGGCCCAGAUGCGCGAUUACGGCUACAUCGAGACGGGCGGGUCGGGGAACCUGCUGAUUAGUCGCGACCACGUUAUGGAUCGAUAUAAGAUCAUCGGGGUUUGUAUUGACGAGUAUAUACAGAACGAGAAGGGUCAGAAGCAGGUGACUAUUCGCUGA